CGAUAUUUUCGUUCUUAUCUUCAGUAUUUCGAUGGUAACCAGGGUUACCAGGGAAGAGUGUAAGCACGUGUAACCAGAGAUUAAAAAUGAAGUACGCAACGGCUUGCCUGUUGGCCAUUGUUGGUCUGUCUUCGGCUAGUGUGGUCCUCCCACUAGGCCAACAGCCCCUAGUCUGCCCACCCGGUACCCAGCUCUACUCCGUCCCCGGCUGCGGUUACGUAACCCGCGAGCCGUCCUGCUACGACUCUCGCCCCCGCCCCGACCGCCAACAGACCUGCGGGUACUCAGCCUGCCACUGCGCCCACCCGACCGUGAGAAACGACGUCACCGGCCAGUGCGUACACUUCGACAAGUGCCCCAACGCUAAGAUCAUCCACGGACACGGUGGCGGCGGAAGACCCAGGAUCGAACAUAGGAAACUUCAGAAAGGCGCUCCGAUACCAGGUCUGCCAAGAAACUUCCCAGAAUUACAAAGACCUAAAGCCCCACUAGUCCAAAAACCAGUAUUACCAUCCCCAGUAGUACAAACUCCAGUACCAGUCGCAGUCCCAUAUGUUCCAGCACCAGUUGUACCAAAACCAGUAGCGCCAACUCCAGUGGUACCAUUAGCACCGACCCCAGUUUCAGCACCAGCUUACAACUCUGGUUACACUAAUUAUAACUCUGGUUACAGCAACGAGAACACUGGUUACACUAACUAUAAUACUGGUUACGCUAACAACAACAAUGGUAACGCUGGCUACAGCAAUUAUAAUACUGGUUACCGUAACAGUAACAAUGGUUACAGUAAUUAUAACUCUGGUUACAAUAACAAUGCUGUGCCCCUUAGAUAUUAGGAAUAAAACUAUUUAUAUUAGAGAAUAAAUAUUUUUUGUACAA